AUGGCGAUGAGAUUCAUUGAAUCAUUCAAUCAUCGAUGGCGUUUGAGAUCGCUAGACUUCGACCGUCUGGCACCAUCGUCGCUGUGCCAAACCAUGCGCAGAUCUGAGAGUUGUUUGAAUGGAAAGCGAGAUCGCCUUGAAAGACGUUGAGCCUUCCGUCACUAUUUUCACUUGAUGCGAAACCGCAUGAACAGCGAUUUCGAAGACGUCUGCCGCCACGAAACGAAAAUGCCAGAGAAUUGGCGCCUGCCGCCGUUGUUUGCUGCUGACCGAUUGUUAUGGGAGAUUGGCCCUGUUCUGGCUUUUUCCCACAGGAGCCGAGAAAAUUUAAAAAUCAUGUGCCUCUUCAGUUCCAUCAUAGGCCUGUCAUAGAGAGUUUUACCAUGAUUUUUGCGUUUUUCGCGUUCGCUAUCAUUUGGCGCAUUUUGGUCGAACAGGCUAAUUAUUUUUACCAGGUUCUCCGGAUCACGGCCCGAGCUGGCCGGGGAACGCCACGCCAGCGCCACUUUGCUUCCCCGUCUGGUGGAACGGGUCUUUGCACGGCUUUGCCCGACCAGUAGCCAGCAUCAUUGCCGUACCACACGGUCGAAAUCUCUGGCUACUUGAGAACAUUGGAAUGAGCGAUUUGUGCCUCAGUCUGAUUCUGACGAGACUUCGAUUGCGCUGCGAUUGGAGGAUUUUUUGCCGAGCGACUCUUCUGAAGAAGACCGAGAUGUCCGGUUUCGCCAGAUUAAUCCUCGAGUUGAUCGAAGACGAAAUCUGUUUUAUAAACGGACGAUAUUAAUUUUUAUCAGCGAGCCUGCGCAUUGUGUGCACAUUCAUGCGUGUUUAGACAGGUUGUGGUCGUUCGGGUUUUUUUUCACUUCAGCUUGCACGAUAAAAAUAUCAAGAAAAAAAAUUGAAAAACCCCGAAAAUGUCCGACCACGCCAACGAAAGUGUAAACACGCAAAAGUGCAUGCACAAUAAUGCGCAUACAGUACCCCUUGAAAGAAAAAUAAUAGUUCAGGAACAGCAAUUGGCAGUGAGUUGCCGAUAAUGGAAUCUUUUUUCCGCCACCUGUUUUCGUGUGACAUGAGCCAGUUAAUUUUAUUAACAGUUCAGAACAGCUUGAAUGAAGGGUUUUUUCCUGAGGUGUCAUUGAGAGAAAGUUCUUUUUUCCAGGUUGCGACUUCCUGAGUUACCACCAGUCGGGAGUCAUUCUCUUGAGUAUAAAAACUUAAGGGAUCACUUUCAGUCUCUUUUUCAAGAAGCCUUUUGAAGACCUGAGGAUUACUUUGCAGUUCGAGGGUUCUCAGAGUGACCACUGGCUGCUGACAAUACCGGACUCAGCAGCGAAAGACGGUAAGUCACCGCUUUUGCGCAGGCUCCUUCGGUGCCGCGAUUCUGCCACUUCAUCUGCUCGAAUUGUCUUCAGCGGAUUUUAGGGACCUAUUUUUCAGUCCUUUCGAAGAGCUGGCGCCCUUCGUUCUUCGCCUGAGGUGGCACUUGCCCGAAAUGACUCGUUUUACGAGUCUCGCGCUUUAGGGACUAUUUUUCGAGAAAUCACUUGCCGGGCUGCUUUGGAAGACCCAUCGAUUUUUUCACAGCAGCGCAGCAGCUUUCUGAGGUCGAUCAGGGGCUCGCGAAUCUCGUCUUUCAGAUCGUCGCAAUAUCUCUGUCGCGAUCCGCAACCAGCGUGGCAGAGCGCGGUGGUUGCCGAAGGCAGGAUCAGAUCACGUCGUUCUUCAUUGCAGUUUUAUUGCUGCAGCUUAUUGCAGUUUGCAAAGCUUAUUACUUCAUUCAGCCUGAGGCGCAUGAUGAGUGCUUUUGACCGAAAACUCAUCUUUUCGCAGCAUGUCACACCAUCUGGUUGCCGAUUAUCACUACAUCACCGGUUAUCAAUAUUUAUCAGUAAGUAUCAGCCUGCUUAUUUCAUUAUCACACUUUAACGUGAGUACGCUGCCUGUCCCACUGGACUGGCUCGAGUGACAUACAUCCACCCAGCUUUGUUGGUCGUUUUCACUGUCAAUAUUUUUCUGGAGGUCUCAGAUUCUCAGGCCACAGCGUUAUGUGUGAUUUAAUUAUGGACAAAGACCAUCCUAGUCCGUUGAACAUUACUGUCUCACUCCAGAUCACCUAAUCUCAUCUAUGUUAAGCACUUUUUGGCGUGAGGCUUGAAAUUACUUCUCUGGCGUCCGUUAUUUCAGAUUAACUGACGGCAGCAGGUGCCUGGCUUUCAGUCCUUCGAUGAGAGAUUUGCCGUCUCCUUCCUUCACCACCAGUUUGUUUCACCCGAUCUUAUCUUUUUUUCUGCGCUUGUUAACCAUCGCAAAGUCACGCCCAAUGCUGUUGUUUUUUGAUUUCGUUGCUUAAAGUGAAUCAAUUGUUUCAAGAUUUUGAGACAGUCCAGUCCUUCACCUUGCCUGAAAUACUUGAAAACUUGCUUUUAACCAGCAGCAUUGGCUUCAGUGGUCGAUGAGUCACCUGGCUCGUUCAUUCCAAACAAGUACUGAUCGGCUCAUUUUUGCAGCGAGACAGCAUCGACUCCGCAAAUUUCACGCCUCUGAGGCUUCCAGAUCUCGGGCACACGCACGCGCGCAGAAGAAUCCAGGUGAAGGAUCAGCAUCAUGCCAAUUUUUCGAUCGCUUGA